AUGAAAGCCUGGAGACUUGACGCAUACAACGAAGAUGUUCCCGCUGCCAUUGAAGGCAUGAAACUUGAGGAUGUCCCUGUCCCCGAACCUCAUGAUGGCACCGUCCUCAUCAAGACUGCCUACUGCAGUGUCAACCCCAUCGACUGGAAGCUGUUUUCUGGCGGUUUUGAUGGAUUCUUCCCCGUGAAGGUCUUUCCCUAUACUCCCGGAUUCGAUGUUGCCGGUGUUGUUGAGAAGGUAGGAGCUGGAGUAACAGACCUUGCUGUCGGCGACAGAAUCAUUUGCGAUUUGGGUCUUGUCGAAUCAUGCGUCGACCCACCUCUCAAGCAAGGUGCCGGUGGCGCAUUCGCAGAAUACUGCAUUGCCCCCGGCGACAUCUGUUCCAAGGUCGGAGAUGCCGACUUUGAGAGUGUUGUUGGAUUGCCAUUGGCCGGACUUACUGCCUUCCAAGCUCUCUUCACUGGAAGCCACAACCAAGAUCUUGGACAUUGCAAGGAAGGGGACAAGGUUUUGAUCCUCGGUGGUGCCGGUGGUGUCGGAACCAUCGCAUUGCAACUAGCAUCAAAUGCUGGUUGCCAUGUCACAACCACUGCUUCCGCUGCUAAAUUCGACUUCGUCAAGGGUCUUGGUGCCAAAGAAAUCAUCAACUACCACGAUCAAGACUGGGGUGAAGUUUUGGCCGGCCAAGACUACGAUAUGAUUUUUGACUGCAUCGGUUUAAUGGACGAUCUCAAUGUCCGUGCGCCAAAGGUCCUGAAGAAGGGUGGAAAGUUCAUUUCCAUCGCGAACUUUGACCCAAGUGCCAAGGGACCUGACGGUGUCGAGUUCGCUGUAUUCUUGCUGCUCAGUAAAACCACUGAUUUGGACAAGAUGGUUCAAAUGGUCAAGGAUGGGAAGCUGAAGAUCAUCAACGACAAGGUUUACCCCUUCGCUGAAACCCCAGCUGCCCUCAAGCAAUCUUUGGGUGGAAGAAGUAGUGGAAAGGUCCUUAUCAAGCUCUAA